AUGUCUCGGACACAAUGGCAGCGGUCUCUCUGGUCGCAUCGAGUCACCUUAUCAUCCCGACAAUCACCAUGCCGGACACUCAUUGCUCGCGUUCCGACUGUGCGCGCAGCAUUCUCCACUUCGGCUCAACGCGAGCUGAUGGAGAUGACCGGCUUCAGCGAUGAACAGCUCACAGUGCGAGAGGCCAUCUCGAAUAUUUGCUCAAAAUUCCCCAAUACCUACUGGCAGGAGCGCGACCAACAGGAGAAAGACCCGAAGGAGUUUCAUGCCGCCCUGGCGAAAGAUGGCUGGCUCGGUAUUGCGCUGCCCGAGUCGCUAGGAGGUGCCGGGCUGGGAAUCUCCGAGGCCACCAUGAUGAUGCAGACAAUCACCCAGUCGGGGGCCGGCAUGGCCGGCGCACAAGCCAUCCAUGCAAAUGUCUACGCGACACAGCCGCUGGCCAAGUUUGGCACGCAAGAGCAGCUUGAGACCACGAUCCCCAACAUUAUUAAUGGCACUUGGCGAACGUGCUUUGGGGUGACCGAGCCCAACACCGGGCUCGACACCCUGCGAUUGAAGACCCUCGCUACGAAGACCGCUGACGGGUACUCUGUCUCGGGUCAGAAGAUCUGGAUUACCUGUGCGCAAGUCGCAUCGAAGAUGAUCCUGCUGGCCCGGACCACGCCUCUGGAGGAAGUGCAAAAGCCGACCGAGGGCCUGUCGUUGUUCUGUAUCGACAUCGACCGCAACCACCGGGGACUAGACCUGCGCAAGAUCAAGAAGAUGGGCGGCCGCGCCGUGGACGCGAACGAGGUCUUCUUUGAUCACUAUGACAUUCCGGCCGACUCCUUAAUUGGUCAAGAGAAUCAGGGCUUCAAGAUCAUCCUGCACGGCAUGAACGCUGAGCGCUGCCUGCUGGCAGGUGAAGCGCUCGGUCUAGGCUACGCGGCCCUCGAGAAGGCCUCGCAGUAUGCUAAGGAGCGCGUGGUCUUUGGGCGACCGAUCGGGCAGAACCAGGGCGUGGCACACCCGCUGGCGGACGCCUACAUGAAGCUGGAGGCGGCGAAGCUGGCUACCUACCACGCGGCGCGCCUCUAUGAUACCAACGACGGCUCCAUCCCCUUCCACUCCAUCGGGGUGGCGUGCAACAGCGCCAAGUAUCUGGCGGCCGAAGCUGCGUUCACGGCGUGCGAGCGCGCGGUCCUGGCCCAUGGCGGUAUGGGCUACGCGAUGGAGUACGAUGUGGAGCGGUACCUGCGCGAGUGUCUCGUGCCCCGAAUCGCCCCGGUGAGCCGGGAAAUGAUCUUGAACUACGUGAGCGAGAAAGUGCUCGAGCUGCCCCGAAGCUACUAG